AUGGGGUUGAAGAGGAGUGUUGGGCUCACCCCAUUUAACGGUAACUGUACCGGUUCUAUAAUAGAAUGUAUUCCUUGUGACGUCACUGGAGUUCACGAAACGUGGGUGGUGCAGAAGAACUGGCGACGAUGAACGACGAGAACAGAUUGCAAGGUCUUCUCGAGACGGGGAUGUUAUUCUUUCCUUCUUCCUUCUUUUCUUUUCUUUUUUUUUUUUUUUUUCUUCUUCAGGCCAUUCUCCAAAGAUCUCUGCUCCUCUUCGAUUCGCAGCAAGCGACAACGCGCCCCUUCUUCUUCGGGUUUCUGGGCCAAGUGAAAUUAGUCUGCCAUGGAAAUGGCACGAAUCCCACCAUCGAUUCACCGGUUCCAUGCUUUUCUGCGUUCGUUUGAACAAAGAGGGUGUGUUUAAUAAAAGCUUGAACGUCCGCGAACACUUCUUCGCCUUGUGGCAAAGCAGAUGCAGCACAUUACCAAUGUCCAUCACUUACCACUAUCAGUUAUCACCCUUGCUGAAUUAUACCGAGCGUUUCUCCGGCAUUAAGAGAAUUGAGAGUAUUCGAUCGGCGGGGAGAAUCUUUAUCGUCGCGUCUACCGGUGAGCUCGUUCACGAUGUGAUGAUAGACGAUUCACCGACCUCGUCGCAGGAUAGCGACGCGGAGGUCGAGAGAUCUUGCGACGGUGUCGCCGGCGAUUCCGAGGACGAGGAAGUGGUGGUCAUUCAUCGGCACGACAACCAGAGCGGACAUACUUCCGGGGACGAUAGCGAAGAUCUCGAUCACAAUUGUUCCAUCGUAGCCGACAGUGACUUUAGCUUGUUCGGUGGACUGAGCAGCAGGGGUCGAUCAGCAGGCGUCGGUGGGCCAGGUCCUGGUGGAGGUAGCACUACCGGGUCCGGUAACGGUGGUAGAGAUAGCGUAGUCAGCGACGUCGGGGAUUCCUGCUCGAGUCUGAGUUCCUGGCCAACACCGGAACAUGUGCCCUCGAAUCGUCCCGGAAGUGGUAGCACCGAACGCAGACGUCGGAGAUUGCCGGAAAUCCCCAAAACGAAGAAAUCUCUGCCCAAUGGUCAGACAUCCAUGCAGUCGUCGUCGUCUCUGGCAGACGAAUUGAACGCAGCAACUGGCUCUAGUUCCAGCCGGCCGCAUUUAGUUUUACGGAAAUGUCACUCGAGGCUUCGCCACGAGGACAGUUCACCUGACAGCGAGCGAAUGGCUACUGACAGUGGCCAUUCUACCGCCCACUCGCCGGAAAAUGGGCCGAAAAGCGUCUCGCCGAUCCCCUGCAACACGUUGCAGAACACCGACUCUGUUUCGCCAAGCAGUACACCAGGAAGCGGCGGCGUGCCAUUUACUCAGUUGGAGUUGCUGGAAGCGACGCAUCGAGGGUUGCAUAAAUUCGUGCCAAGACACCACGACGAGAUCGAUCUUGAGAUCGGCGAUCCUAUUUACGUUCAGAAAGAGGCUGACGAUCUGUGGUGUGAAGGUGUGAACCUGAGAACAGGUCGUCAAGGUAUUUUCCCCUCGGCUUACGCGGUCGACAUGGAUUACAGUGAUUUCGAUCCCUCGGCGCCGAAGGUGAAGAGGGAACGAUAUCUUCUAGGUUACUUGGGAUCUGUGGAGACCUCGGCGCACAAAGGUACCAGUGUCGUCUGUCAGGCAGUUCGAAGAAUCGUCGGGAACUCGCAAGAAUCGCCCGUCUCGCAAAGCUGUAUAUUGGAAGUGUCCGAUCAGGGUCUCCGAAUGAAAAAUCAAGGACCUUGCCACGAUUAUUUCUACUCGCUUAAGAACGUUUCGUUUUGCGCGUUUCAUCCUCGCGAUCAUCGCUACCUCGGCUUCAUCACGAAGCAUCCCACCUUGCAAAGGUUCGCUUGCCACGUGUUCAUUGGUCAAGAAUCUACGAGGCCCGCGUGCUUUCCAUCGGUUCUACACGAAGUUCAUCGAGACUGCUUUUCCGAUAGAAGAUAUCUAUAUCGAAUAGAUUAUGUACUGCUGCUGGCCUGUCGUAUAGAGCGGCUACCGAGAGGGAAAGAUGAAAUCUCACAUUCCUUGGUCCCCUGUACAUACUGCCCUUAGCUGUAGAUACAUACAAAGGAAAAAUGAUAAAUAACGCGAAUCAAACACCCAAUUUAUAUACAUAUACAUAUAUGUAUAUAUAUGUACACAUACAGGUACUUACAUUGCACGUAUAUUUAUAUGUAUAUAUACAUAUAUCUAUAUGUAGAUAUCGAACAUUUUCGGGAAGCGUCACGACGGGACCGGUUAUUCAAUGCCGUCUAUUCUAUUAACAUAUUCACCUUGUUAUUUCUUACUUUUUAAUUAAUUAUUAAAUUUAAUUUACUCUUCGUAUGCUAUCUUAAUUUAUCGUCUCUGCAGUUAUCUCGAUUGUUUGUCAUUUCUUUUCAUCCAUCGCAUCUCGACACCGGUCACUUUCCAUUACACGCACCAAUCGAACCCGUCAUUUCUGUAACAAACAACUGCGCCGGUUGCGAAACGAUCUCUCUCUUUUUUUCCUUUUUUUUUUUUUUUUUUUUUUUUCUUUUCUCUUUCUCCCGCUUUCGUGUUACUUUCCCGUUGACUGGGCACGGGGCGCAGCGUACUUGAACUGCGGGUGAAAAGUCUUUAAUAACGUACACUAAUUACUUACUUACAGAUAAGAGUUAA